GUGACCCAGGUAGAGGUGGAAUAUGAGAGUAUAUCCUAGAAGGUAUACUUACAAGCUAACCAUAAGUUAGCAUUCUCUAGUGCAUCUAAACUGGAUCAGUAGCUAGCGCUUGGUCGGUCUUUUGCAUUCGUCACUUAAACUUAAACUUGAGUAAAUUUUUUCUCGGAAGAAAUCGUAAAAAAGUGGUAAUUUUUAUCACCGCCAUGCUGACGUUGAAAAUUCUCGGACUACUGACGCUCAUCACAGGCUCUUCAGCAGCGCCUUUGGCAAGCGUUCAUGUUAAAUUUAUUUCGCCUCCCCAUAUUUACGAGCAUCAACUAACUACUGACGGUCACAAUACUAUUGCACAGAAAUCAUUUUUGUCAAUAGGCCGACGGUCCGCUGAUUUUGCCAAUAAAUUAUCAUCAGGGUUCUUCAAGUCACCUGUUUCUUCUUUUGCCAGAAGAAAUCCUGAAGCUUUGUGGCCAGAUGGAGUUUUUAUUAAGCCUGUCGAUGUCAAUGAUUUGGGAAUUAGUUCUCAGGAUUCAUCUCAAUUUCAUUCAACGCCUGAUUUUUCAAAUGGUCUAGCGUAUCCAGAUCCACUACUUUUGACAGAUGAAUCAGCAGCGUCAGCAAUAAGACAUCUUUAUGAUCGGACGGGGUUAUUUUUCCAUGAAAUCCCGCAUCUGAGAUCAUUACUGAGACUUCAACACGAAAGACGAUCAAAUGGCCUUCAGGAUAACGUACUGAGUAGCAUCAGGCCUCAAUCACCUUUCUACAAUCCUAGCCUUUGAUAUAAGAUUUAAGAACGUAUUGAUCAAUCUAGACUUUGCUAGAUUAACGAUUAGAUUCCAUUAUUCAUACAUAUUAUAUCCCACAUUACUUACAUUUAGUCUACAUACUCUACAAUUACAUAUUUCAAUUCUUAGAGUCUUUUUAGGUGUUAUAUACUUGACAUGAAGCAUUUCUUCACUCUUCGCUACACCAAUCGCCGCGACACUUGCAAUAGAAGAAGACCAACAAUGAAGAUAAAUUUGGGGGUUGUCGACGCGCUG